AUGUCAAUCUACUCUGGCUUUGGGACUAGCAAACAGGAAACUUUUCACAACAAUUUAUUAUCUCGACCCAUUGUAAUAUUCAGAAUGAUGGAGCAGAUGGCAGCCCGGAUCGAAUACGACCAGACUAAAUAUGAAGGAUUAUGGGCUCAUAAAAAGCAAAAUCAUUCAUUAGAACACAGGGACAAGGAUACCAACCAUAGCGACCUGUACUACAACACAGGGUAUACUUCAGGAGCUCAAAUAAACUCAAAUGCUGAGUAUCAGUGGAAUGAAAAAUUUUACAAAUAACUUUAAAAUGCUCAGAUCUAUGGAAAAGGCUAAACAUUUAGACCCCAAGUUUUCAACUGCAGUUGAAAGACUUGUUAGAAGGCUGAUAAAAAGAUCUCCAGGCACGAGUAUGUCUAAGAAGAGUAAAAGGACCGCACACUUAAUGAGAGAAGAUGAUGAAAUCACUGAAACUAAGGUUGAACUUGAGAACCGUCUCGACAAUACUCUUUCUCAGGAUAAAACUGAGUAUAUCGUACACCAAGUUGACCAUAGGGAAGAGGGUGAUGACAGAUCAACUCAGAUGCAUCUUGAAAAUGAUAUUGAUAAUCAUUCUAAGAGCCAAUUUUUAGUCGAUGACUCAUAUAACCUAAAAUCCAAUUCCCACGAAAGGCCAAAUAGAAAAAGGAGGAGAUCGAGCAUUCAGAAGUCAGCACAAAUGAAUUUUCAACUUAUUGAGAAAGCCAAAUUGCUAAAGCCUAAGGUAAACAAAGAAGAGAGGAAAGAAAUGAUAUCAGUCUUGAAAAAUAAUAGUAAAGCACUCACUCAGCAAGAGAAAUCAUUAGAGAAAAGGGCUCAAAGAGGGAGAAAGGAUGCUCUUAUUAAAGUUUCAAAACCUAGAGGCCAGCUUAAUAAUUAUAAACACAAUGAAAGCGAAGCCAUGAAAAUCAAUGAUUCUGGAACUAAAGAAUAUACUGAUGGAAGAUAUGCCAAGAAGCCGCUUAAAUCUAUCAAGAGUAGGGGUCAAGAGAGACUGAGAACAAAAGAGAAAAACAAUGGCUCUAUUCAUAAAUAAGUCAUACACUUCUCUACACAAUAGUCUAAGUGAGACGACUGAGGGAAAUAAGACAGAAGCUGCAGCUGGGCAGUACUCGAUCACUAGAAGUCAUAAAUCAAACACUAAUUUGGUAAGUGGGUCGAGGAAAAGAGAGAAUGAAGAAUAUGUAAAUGAAGUAUUCCCAAGAAUAGAUUUUGUUAGGCCUAAAACUAGCAAAAUAGAUGGACUUGAAGGUCAUAAACAAAAAGAUCAAGCUCCUAAUGAUGCUGCUAGCAAGGAAGAUGCCAUAGAGAAUAAUUACAAUUUAUUUUUGAAGAAUAAAAGGACUAUGAAUAUUAAGCGAAAUGAAGAUUCAAAACAUGAAUAUGGUCAUAACCAAUUUAACAAAAGUUGUUCGUCGAUGGCAAAGUAUGAUCAAAAUAAUUUUCCAGAUAAUGAAAGUGUGCUAGCUGCUAGUACAAGACUUACCAAUAAAGAUAUCAAAAACUUUAACAGUCAAAAUAAUGCAGAACAGUUAGAAGAUAAUUAUGCUAAUAGAGGUGAUAGACAUCGCAGGAUUGUAUCUAAUAAGCUGAAUAACGACAAUCAUCGGCACAUAUCACGAAGAAUGGCUCCUAUGAAUAGGCUUUCGACCAGUCUUAAAUCAAUCAAAAGGAAAAGGAGAAAGAGGCCUCCUUUUAAUUUAAACUUGAGUACCACAACUAGUCGUAAGACAAGAAGUAAAGGCCAUUUAUCUGCAUUAUCCAGAAAAAUUCGGUCACUGAAAAAGAAAAGGAAUGCAUUCUAAAUCAAAGAGAGUUUAAAUCAUGAGAGAUUGUUUCGGGAUACAUAAAAAUGAACCAAAGAGGGUCGAUGAU